GGAAUCUUUUUCUAAUUAAUUUCCUCAAAGCAAAACCUUAAGAGAUUAGGAAUUGAGAGAGAGAGAGAUGGAUUCGUCCGUGUUUAGAUGGGCGAGGGAGAAGCUGGAGAAGGAACACAGAGAGAGCAAGGAAAGUGGGAAGCUGAAACUGGAACGAGAGAAGAAAGACAAGGAUGCUGCGGAAAGGCAACGCCGAGCCGUUGAAGCUUCUCAAAGAGCCAAAAGGCUUGAAGCCAUUGAAGCCCAGAUGAUGAAGGUUGAGGAACCUAGAAAACGUGGAGGUUAUAUUAUACAACCCAUACCUCCAUGGAUAUUGAAGAGGACUAAUAUGCCGCCACAAGACGAGGAGGAGGUUUUUAGAUGGGAUGAUGAUGAAGAAGAAGGUGCUGAGUGGGAAGUAGGAGAGGCUCCUGGUACAGGAAAGUUUACUUGGAAUGAUGAUGAAGAAGAAGAAGAAGAAAAGGAAGAAGAAAGACGACAACGACAACGACUGCGACUGUUGGCAAAAAGACGGAAAGCUAAUGGAUCAACCAAACGAUGAUAUGGUUCCAGAGCGAUUAAGUUAUGUCAAGUGUGCGUCACUUCUAAUCAGGGUGUUUGCUCUCUCUGUUUCUUUUAUGCAAGACUCGUAAGUCUUUUAUACGAUAAAAAUAACUGGGGCUGAAAUUAAAAGCAUAUAGUAGCUUAUUGGGAUUCUCAUCAUCUACACCAAAGGUUUAUACAUUUAUUUAUUUAUUUAUUUAUUUAUUUGCA